AUGCUUUGGAUUUCAUUGGAUGAAGAUGUUUUCAACUCCGUUUCAGCUCUCUACUUCAAGGCUGGUUUGCUGCAACGGAUGGUGGACAAGGUUCCUGAACAGUUUCUUUUGAACACUGCUAGCUGGAGAUUUUUGGUUCCUCGAUUGUAUCGAGAGUAUCCUGACGAUGAUAUACUACUGAAUAUCUCUGCAGUUUCGCCUCCCUCUGUGAGGAUUAAUGUGGGUAGAAUUGAUGCCACGGUUGACUUAGAUGUCACAGUUAAUGUCUUGGAUUUUGGUGAGAUAGUUCCAGUUGCAUGCAUAUCAGUGUCGGUUGCUGUUUCUGGAGCUGCAGCGGUAUCAGAGAAUAAUCUUGUUGGAAGAGUGGAAUUGGAUUAUUUCUCAUUUACCUUGAAGUGGAGCAAAGUUGGCAAACUCCACACCAGUCUAGUGCAGACUGUGCUGAGGAUUUUGCUGAAAAUUUUGUUUGUACCUUAUGUGAACUCAUAUCUCGAGCAAGGCUUCCAGCUGCCCAUCAUCAAGGGGUUCUCCGUCAUAGAUGCAUGUGUCCUCACUUCUUACUCAAGAAUGAUUGUUAGCUGCAAUGUUGCCUUCACUGAGCCAGAGGUUCUGUCUCCUGUCCAAGAGUCUAAGACCAACGAAGAUUUGUCACAUGAAGUUAGUUUGCUGGUUGGGUCUGCCAAAACUUGGCAGCCACCGAUAACUAGUGUAAAAUUCCUGUAA